GAAUAUAUUUGCGGUAUCUUCUGUAUCUCUUUUUUCUUUAAAUUACUAUAGACUCUUUUCGUGAAAAUGAAAAGCUUGUUCAAACAAGUACAUUUCAUGUGUGUUCUUGAGAAAACAUUUAACCUUUUAUACUUCAUUUCAAACGGUCAUUUCGGAUCACCUUGUGAAUGAAAAUUCAAAUUCACCAGCAGACGUCAGACGUUUCGAACAUGAUGGAUGACGUUAUGCUCCAACUGUCAAACGUCUGCACGUUGACCAGCCUGGGGCUAUACAUCAAUGGAAGAAGCAUAGCGGCUUUGAAUGUUUGUGAGCGUUUGGUACCGAGCAUAAGCUUGAGAUGUAAACAAAUUUACAUUUCAUUAAAGUUACGAGUAUUGUUACACAAUCAACAAAGAUUCUAGAUAAUCUUGGAAUCAUUUAAUACUUUUAUAACUGCAUAUAUAUCAAUUAAAGUGAUUGCUAUAAGUUCAUCUUGUUACACAAACAUGGACGAUUUGGACGCCGGAGAAAUCCUCAACCAUUUGAACCAUUUGGGGUAUCGUAACAUAACUGUAGUACAGUUGAAAGAAUUUCAAAAGGACUUGAAGAAGCUCAUCCGAUAUGAUGCAAAACAAUGCGUAGAAAUUGAUGGCAGUUUAGAUGGGAACGCCACACCAGCGAACGUAUUCGAUAGAUUACAUACAGAAACAACUGCAAGCUUCCAAGCGAAACAUGCACGAUCGAAACAUACAGAACCAGCUGUACCUGUGGACAAGGAAAAUGUUACGCCAAUACAUAAAACUACUGCUUGUAAAAACAAUCCUAUAGUUAACAAAAUGUGGAUAAGACCGAAAAGUAGUCAAUCCGUAAGACGAAGUGAUCCCGUUGCGCUGUACCAUUCAUAUAAGAAGGAAUGGAACAAAUUCAAACAGAAGUUACCGGGUGAAAACGAUCAUUCGGAAUUGCGCUGGAAAAUAAGGAAUAAGUUGCUUGGGGAUCAGUAGAUGGAAAAAAACGGACAUGAACAAAGAUGCUUUGUUAACUUAA